UGAAAGCCUGCUAAAGUGCGAGAGAUACAAAAGAAAGGAACGAAAUCAACUUUUCCCCUUUCAAGUGUCUACAAAGAGCUUAACUUUACAACGCUCUUUCUCACACAUAACCCUAUUCCUGGGCCACCACAAUCUAGCUACUCCGAUUCCUCUUCGCAUCUCUAAUCCUUUUUGCGGCAGUUCACACUUAAGCUAAUCACAAAUGAGAUCGCAAUGCAAGUCUUGAUUGGAAAUGUCAUAUUUUUAUGGUCCUAUUUGAUAGUUUUGCGUUCUUGAAAGAUUUGGGUUUGUUGAGUGAGAGAGAAAGAUGGAAUCUUGCGAGCAGCAGAUGCGAUCGGUGGCUGAUACGAGAGGGAAGCAUCGGAUUUCAGCUGAGUUGAAGCAGCUAGAACAAGAAGCUCGUUUCUUGGAGGAGGUACUGGAAAAUGGAGAGGAGAAGGAAAACAGAAGUUAUAAUUCAGAGGAACUGGAACAAGUUGACAAAAUGGAGAAAGCUUCAGCUGUUUGCAAGGAAAUAUUGGUUAAUACACAAACCAGACCGGAUCCACUGCUUCCAGAAACGACUGGCCCCACGAGUCCUCUUUGGGAUCGGUGGUUUGAACGACCGCCAGAUGCAUCUAGCUGCAGGUGCUGGAUACUUUGAUUGUUCCACGCUGGAUUAGACAUUUUCUGAUUUAUUGGUGUAUUCAUAUUCAACCCUCUUAUAGCAUGUUACCCUACUGAAUUGAUGUAAAGUGUGAAGUAAAGAUUGUCUCCAUGUGCAGAAAAUUGUAUUCUUUUUUUUUUUGUAUUCCUUUUGGUUUAUUCUGAGGAAUUUGAUGGUAAUGAUUCUAGAUGAUUAGCAUUCUGCAGACACCAGAUGGCAGACACCUGCCAAAAACAACUUCUAUGGCUGCUAUUUUUCUUGUUAACAUAUAUUUACAUAAUGUACACCCUCAGUUCUUUACAGCAGUAAUUGAUUUUCAAUUUCAUUUAUACCCUUUUAAUGUUAUG